AUGAGUAUUAGAAACGGCACUGCACCUCCGCCUACGACGUUUCGUAAAAAGCGUUGGGACCCGUUAUUAGAUAGCGAAAGACGCAAGUUUCGUGUUCAACACACUCCACCACUUUCACUUCGCCAAUUUAUUCGCUCGACCAUCACCAAUAUCCCUGAUGGUAAACAAUGGAAACCGGCUGGUAUUUGCUAUGUACGACUUGUUCACGAAGAUCCACCUCCUAAAGCACCAGAUUCCUUACCUGAAAUUUCUGAAAAGCCACAUAAGGAGUCAAGACCUUCUUGGCGUCCACCAGGCAUCGGCAGAUGGAAAAGGCCUGGAUCACCAAAUGAGGAGACAAAAGAAAAACAAUCUGAAGACGCUACAGAUGACUCUCAAUCAAAAGCAACUUCUAUUCUACGAUCCAAACAAGGUAAAAAAGUCGAGAAUCCAUGGCGUCCUUCAGGUCAUCACAGUCACACACCAGUGCCAUACUUUGAUGCACCAAGUUUGAGAUGGUCGACCGAAGAAAUUAAGAAAUCAUUGUCCAAAUUCGGUCCGGCCACAAAGAAUCCAUCCACAAAUCAGAAAUGA